CAGUCCCCAGCGGCGAUGAGACAGAGAGGCGCCUCCCAGCCCCUGCUGAUCAACAUGUACCUGCCAGACCCCGUCGGAGACGGUCUCUUCAAGGAAGGCAAGAGCCCCGGCUGGGGGCCGCUGAGUCCCGCCGUGCAGAAAGGCAGCGGGCAGAUCCAGUUGUGGCAGUUCCUCCUGGAGCUGCUGGCCGACCGCGCCAACGCAGGCUGCAUCGCGUGGGAGGGCGGCCACGGCGAGUUCAAGCUUACGGACCCCGACGAGGUGGCGCGGCGCUGGGGCGAGCGCAAGAGCAAGCCCAACAUGAACUACGACAAGCUCAGCCGCGCGCUGCGCUACUACUACGACAAGAACAUCAUGAGCAAGGUGCACGGCAAGCGCUACGCCUACCGCUUCGACUUCCAGGGCCUGGCGCAGGCCUGCCAGCCGCCCCCCGCGCACGCACACGCCGCGGCCGCCGCGGCCGCCGCCGCCGCCGCUGCCCAGGACGGCGCCCUGUACAAGCUGCCCGCCGGCCUCGCCCCGCUGCCCUUCCCCGGCCUCUCCAAACUCAACCUCAUGGCCGCGUCGGCCGGCGUGGCGCCCGCCGGCUUCUCCUACUGGCCGGGCCCCGGCCCCGCGGCCACCGCCGCCGCGGCCACCGCCGCGCUCUAUCCGGGGCCCGCCUUGCAGCCCCCGCCCGGGCCCUUCGGCGCCGUGGCCGCCGCCUCGCACUUGGGAGGCCAUUACCACUAAGC